AUGAGAGGAAUUAGACGGUUUGGGCUCCGGGGGAAGCUAAGUCCCCGGUACCUUGGAUCGUUUGAGGUGUUGGAGCAGGUCGGCGCGGUGGCAUACAAGGUAGCAUUACCACCGAGGCUUGCGGGAGUAUACGACGUGUUCCAUAUAUCGAAUCUCCGCAAGUAUAUUCAUGACCCCGAGCAUGUCCUCUCGUUUGAGCCGUCGGAGAUUCAAAAGGACAUGACCUACGAGGAGUACCCGGCGUACAUUAUCGACCGAGAAGUGAGAAAACUACAGAACCGUGAGAUUCUGUAUGUUAAAAUUCGUUGGAGUAACUAUGAUGAUCGGAAAGCUACUUGGGAGCUCGAGAGCGCCAUACGGGAGCAUUACCCUCAUCUCUUCAAUGAGCUGAAUUGA